AUGCAGGUCAACCCUAUGCUGCACUUCUUUAAUCUACCCACCGUUUCCCUACUGGACCAUGACAGGGGACUCUCGUCGCCCUCCUUCCCCGCGCCGGCUCCCUGGCUCCCUGCACCGGAGGGCGUCCGCGUCCCGCAGGUGCCCCCAGCCGGGCCGCCUCCCUGCCUGCCCCAGAUACCCCCCCGGCCGCUGACAUUUCCACACACGCGCCAAGAGUUCGGACCUAAACGUUCCGCCCGCUUCGACCAACCUUCUCCCAAAGCAGAAGUGGGGGAACUUCUUCAAGUCCAGCCACGGCGCAGAGGAGAGCGCCCCCGGCACGAGGAGCCGAUCCCUUUGGGGGGACCCGGGCGCGGGGAGCAGGACGGAGGACAGGGCCUUCCGGCGUUCCGCCCGAGAGGGGCUCCGGGCCCCCAGGGAACUCCCUCAACUUUCAAGGAGGCGUCGUCCACCACCGCCCCCCAGCCCCGAAGGCGGUGCGCGCACGGGGAGGCUCCUCGCGCCGAGCCCGCGCCGCCGAGCCCCCCUCCGCCGGCCCGCGACCCGGGUCGGACCCCGGGCCCGCCCUCCAGGCACCCCGCCCCCACCUCCGCGGGCGCCUCGCCCCUCCGCGCCCACCCCCCCGCCCCGCCGCCGCCGCCGCCGCGCGCCCGGGACCCCGACCCCGGCCAGCCGGACGCCGCCCUGCCCCGCCGUCCCCCGAGCCCCGCGGGCGCCCCUCCUCGGCUGCGCCGCCCCCCCCCCGCCCCAGCGCCCCCGAGCCCCUACCCGGCCCCUCGCCGAGACGCCGCCCCCUCUGACACCGCCGACCCCGCGGACGGAGCCCCGCCGACGCGGCCCUCACCGUGUGUCCGGCGCAGCUGGCGAGCGCGCACACGCCGCAGCCCGGGCCAGCCACCAGCGCUCAGCGCCGCCCGGAGCCGCCUCCUUCAGCCCGGGACUCGCCGGGACAUCCGCGCACGGAUCCCCACACCGGGGCUAUUUUUAGGAGACAGGCCCCGGCCAGACCGGAACUCGUUCCUGCCGCCGCGCAUGCGCACUAGGCCGCGGUCCUCGGUGUCCCUCCGCCAGCCUCGCCUCUCCCUCCCUUGCCCUCAGCUCCCUCUCUGUUUUCCCCCUCGAGGCCUCUCUUCGAGAGCUGACUUAUCCUCUCGGUGCGUCCUAGAGCACUUGGGAUGGGAAAGACGAGGGCGCGGGCAAAGAGUCACAGUGGAAGCGAGCCCUGCUCCACAAGGACGCGAGGGGCGGACUAUGUUUUUCCGGGUGGGUGAGGAGACGGAUCACCCGGCACAGGAAGGAGAUGACGGCGGGCGGGGCGGCCCGCCGGCGUCGCGCCCCGCAGCCCCCGCCCUCCCCCGCCGCCUCCCGGACCAGCCCGCGGGGGCCGGGGCCGGGGCCGCGAGCCGCUUUAGUGACGCGGCGCGUGGCCAAUCGCCGCGCGAGGCCGCCGGCCCCAGCCAACCGGGGACCCGGAGGGGCGGAGCCCCCGGGGGCGGGGCCGGGGCGCCGGGGCGCGAGUUCCACAGACGCCCGGAGUGCGGUGCCAGGCGCAGCCGUAAGAGCCGGCCCAGACACCUCCCGCCGAGCGCCCGGGGCCGCGGCCAGCCUCGCUCUCCCGCCGCCCCCGCCCCCGCCCCCGCCCUCCGGACGCUCCGGCCCCCCGCAGACCUCUGCUCGCCACGCACGCGCCCACGCCCUCAUUGUGGUCGGGGCCGCACCUGUGCUCGCGUCGGGGCGGCCGCCGGGUCACCCUCGCUGAACAGGCACGAUGCGGCUGCCGGGACCCGGGCCCGGGGCGGGCAGCCCCCUUCAGCCCGGCGAGCCAAGCGCCCCCACGUCCCGGGAGAGACCCAACCCCCUCGUCCGCAAGAGCGAAUUAAGCUAACAGGCGUGGCUGGAGUGUGCCUGGAGCGCCGAAUGUGUGGCGAACGCUUUGCAUAUGACAGCUCCUGCAUUCCUGACAGCACCCCGUGA